AUGGAAAUAAUAAGAAAAAUAUUUUAUCCUAAUAUUAUACCAAAACUAAAAAAAAAAAUACAAUGUUAUAAUAUAAAUGAGAGUUUAAAAAAAGUGCUUGUAUCUGAUACUGGUAUCUUGACUAUACAUUUUUGGGCACCUACUUUUAAAUGGUCUAUAUCGUUAGCUAAUAUUGCAGAUAUUAAUAGAGAUCCAAGUUAUUUAUCUUUACCACAACAAAUUGCUAUCUGUUUAACUGGAUUGUUGUUCACACGAUUUGCUUAUAUGAUUAAGCCUAGGAACCUUAAUUUGUUAACAAUUAACUUCUUUAUGAGUAUGACAUCUUUUUAUCAAAUAUCCAGGAUAGGACAAUAUAAAUAUAAUAUAUAUAUGAAAGAAAAAGAAAGAUAA